AGGGACUUAUUAGCCAAGACAGGAAGGUCCCCACCCUGGGGCCUCAAAGACACAGUGGGGCACAUGAAUUGGAGUCCGAGGUUUGAUUUGUGUCCUUCUGAGUCCAACUGGCAACAGGAUGAAGGCUCUGUCUCUCCUCCUCUUCCUUCUCUCUGUCCUGGGUCUGUUGGUGUUCAGCAACUCUCUGUGCCCAGUGGAAGAAGCCAUCAAUCAGAAGAUGAAGAAUGAAGUCACGUCUCUAAUUUUAGAGGCGCUCGAGGGUGUUGAACUGGAUUGCAAGACCAUCACAUCCAGGGGGGACCUGGCUUCCUGUCCUGAAGGUCACACUGUCACGGCAUGCACGUGUGGCUCAGCCUGCGGCUCGUGGGAUGUGCGCGCUGGGAACACGUGCCACUGUCAGUGUGCGGGCAUGGACUGGACUGGUGCGCGCUGCUGCCGCCUGGGGCACAAACCUUAAGACUGUCAAUCACUUGACUG